CUCUCUCUCGUCUUCUUCUCUCCUUGCCUUUCCCAGGAAGCAAUUGCCGAGCUCUUUCGCCCCUUUUUCUACCGAAGGGAAUCGCAACUCUCUCUCUCUCUCUCUUAUAUAUUGCCCUCGGGAAUUUUAUACGAGGGUACGAGGGAUCGGUGCUGUCUUGCUUGGUCUCCAGGGCUUUUACUCGCUCUCCAGGGGACUAGAAGCUUGAAUUGGGGCGACACCGGAGGGAGGAGGAAGCCAUGGAGGCUGAUUGCUGGAGCCGUUUCUUCACCGCCUCGAAGCGCCAUCAGUCCGUCCUCCAAUCCCGAUUCGAUUUGUACCGUGGGUAUGAGGAGAUCGAUGGAGGGGAUGAGGAUUCCAGAGCAGAGUUUCCGUGUCCGUUCUGCUCGGAGGAUUUUGAUAUCGUGGGGUUGUUCUGCCAUAUCGACGAUGAGCACCCGGUUGAGGCGAAAAAUGGGGUAUGUCCUGUUUGUGCAGUUAGGGUUGGGAUGGACAUGGUUGGACACAUAACAAUGCAUCACCCAAAUUUCUUUAAGAUGCAGCGUAGGAGGAGAUUCCGUAAAAGUUCAUCAGGUUCCCAUUCUACACUUUCUUUGUGGAGAAAGGAUCUGCGAGAAGGGAAUCUACAAUCUCUUUUUGGGGGGUCUUCGUAUACAGUUGCUCCCUCCAAUACUGCACCUGAUCCAUUGCUGUCAUCCUUCAUUUUUAACUUUCCUGUGGCUGAUUCAUCAAAAGAUGUAAAGCCUGAAUCCUUGAAUGAACGAGCUGUGAUUAACAAAACUUCAGAUGAGAAAGCAGUAGAAAGUGUUGUGCCAUCUCUAUCCAAGAAAGAUCAGGAGGAGAGAACUCGAAGGAGCAAGUUUGUGCAGGAGCUUGUGUUGUCCACAAUACUUGGUGAUUCCUUGUGAGGAGUACCCUUCGUUCAGGGUGACGGCCGCAGCAGCAGCAGCAGCCAAUGACGAUCAUGAGCCCAAAGAUGGUCCCUGAGCAGCUGCAUUGUUGUUGUCAUGACACACUGGCCAGAUGCCAAAAGAGGGUUAUUCGGGGAUUUAUAUUUAAACUGACUUAUUACUGCAGAAAGGAUAGCAUAGAAUGUAUUAUAUCAUUAGUACCUAGCUUCGGAGGGUUUCUUGAUUCUACCUUUAGCGGGCAUAGCUGUGCAUACAUGGAAACCUUCUCGAACAGAGUUUGGUCAAGUACCUUUUCUAUUCUCCAUAAAGUUUUAGACCUGUCUUCUUGAUUUAAUGACCUAAGCUUUUGCUCAAGAUUUAAUGGACUAAGCUGUGCAUUCUAUUGA